UUGAAAGAAAGAGUCGAAGGGUUGGAAGGCCAAUUCAGAGCCAUAAGUGAGAGCAUGGAGGGUCGGUUUGGUUCGCUCGUUGAAGGACAGACCACCACCAAUGCCACCGUGGCUCGUCUCGAGCAGCGCCUGGAGGAGGUAUUGCGCGGGUUCCAGCGACAACAAGAGAAACCACGGCUGAACGCACGCGAGCGUCUAAGACAACAGGAGCAGCAGCGAGCCGAGCACCACCUUGACGAGGAGGAAGAGUACGAGCAGCGGUCGCAGGCGUCGAACGUUCAUGAGCGACCACGCGUCGAGAAGCCGAGGCUC